CCAGGACCGGGUGGAGGGGCUCAGGACGCAGCGGGGGCCGCUCCUGCCAAGGUUCUGCCCUCAGGAGGCCGAGCAUCUCCAAACAGGCCGGGCCCAGCCCCUCUCCCUGGCCACACGGCCUAGUGCGGCUUUGUGACUUCUGAAGCCCUUCCUGACCCCUGACCUCCAUCCCGAGUUGACCCUGGGCCCCCCAGGGCAGCCCCUCUGGGCAGCCUCCCGCCCUGGGGCCGGGACCUGGGCAGGGGCGGGUGCUGGGCUGGGGAAGUUUGGACCCUCCUGCGCUCCGUAGCCCGGCUCUGGGGCAGCUGCUUCCUGAGGCCUGGGGGUCCCUGCCCGGCCUGGGCUGCAGCCUCCCUCCAUGAUAGGUUCUUGGGGAUGGGCUGGGGCUGGGGUGGAGGGUGGGAGCUGGGCCUGGGCCUGGUCCACCUGGCCGGCAGAGCAGGGUGGCUCCCUGGGAGCCACAGUCUUCAGGAGCCCCGGGGGCCUGGGUGGGGGCCCGGCAGGGUGUGCCCUGGAGGCUGAAGGGGCAGCAGGGGUUCUGGGCAUUGGGGGGAACACCCCAGGCGCCGUCUGUUUCCAGGGCAGCUCUGCGGACAUGGACGUGUUCCAGAAGGUGGAGAAGAUUGGAGAGGGCACCUAUGGGGUGGUGUACAAGGCCAAGAACAAGGAGACUGGGCAGCUCGUGGCCCUCAAGAAGAUCAGGCUGGAUUUGGAGACCGAGGGGGUCCCAAGCACUGCCAUCAGGGAGAUCUCCCUGCUCAAAGAGCUUAAGCACCCCAACAUCGUCAGGCUGCUGGACGUGGUUCACAGCGAGAAGAAGCUUUACCUGGUGUUUGAGUUCCUCAGCCAAGACCUGAAGAAGUACAUGGACUCCACCCCGGCCUCUGAGCUCCCCCUGCACCUAGUCAAGAGUUACCUCUUCCAGCUGCUGCAGGGGGUGAACUUCUGCCACUCGCAUCGGGUCAUCCAUCGAGACUUGAAGCCCCAGAAUCUGCUCAUCAAUGAGUUGGGGGCCAUCAAGCUGGCUGAUUUUGGACUGGCUCGAGCCUUUGGGGUGCCCCUGCGCACCUACACCCAUGAGGUGGUGACACUCUGGUAUCGUGCCCCCGAGAUCCUCUUGGGCUGCAAGUUCUACUCCACAGCUGUGGAUAUCUGGAGCAUCGGUUGCAUUUUUGCAGAGAUGGUGACCCGCAGAGCCCUGUUUCCGGGCGACUCUGAGAUUGACCAACUCUUCCGUAUCUUUCGGACCCUGGGGACACCCAGUGAGGCCAUGUGGCCAGGAGUCACCCAGCUGCCUGACUAUAAGGGCAGUUUCCCCAAGUGGACCAGUAAGGGGCUGGAGGAGAUUGUGCCAAACCUGGAGCCAGAGGGCCAGGACCUGCUCUUGCAACUCCUGCAGUACGACCCCAGCCGGAGGAUCUCAGCCAAGGCCGCCCUGGCCCACCCAUACUUCUCGUCCACCGAGACCGCCUCGGCGCCCCACCAGUGUGUGCUGGAGCGUUUCUGCCGCUGAGAACGUGCGAGGCCUACUGCCUCAAAGCCCCUCUGCAGCUGCUGUCCUGCGCCGCCUCCCCACUCACUCCCCAAGAAAGGGGACACACUUGAGGAGAGAGCAAUUUGGCAUUAGCUGUCCGAGGACUGAGUUUGGGUUAGUCCUGCCAACAGGCUAGCAAGUUCCUGUGUUGUUUGCUGGGUUUGCUUUUUUAAGAUGGGGGCACAGAAGCCCCCUGCCCGAGGAGGUCGGUUAGAGGCGCGGUCCCUGGUGCCAAGGAGAGCAGGUGCCAAGGAGAGCAGAAAGCCUGCCUGGGCCGCCAGGAAGGCUCUCCUAGCACCCCUCAGCUGCCCCGCCCUCAGCUGCAGAGCAAGACCCCCAAGGAAGGGGUCGCCCCCUCCAGCUGGUCUUUUUGGAUUUAAAAUGUUUUGAGGGAAGAGUUGAGUUCCAGUUAAGAGUUCCACGUUAAAACAGGAGGCAGAGCAAGGGGGAGAGGCCAUUUUCCUGAUCCCAGGAGGCGGUCGGAUGUUCUAAGUAGCUGUCUCAUCACUGCGGAUAUGCUUACGUUUGUAUGCCUCUGGCUUUAAGAACAGAAAGUAAAAGUGAUGUGUUCCUGA